AUGGGAGCCCUGCCGGCCGUUGGGAACCCGCCGUCAGCGCUCGCGCCUGCGCCUUGCCCCGCUGGAGCCCCAACGGAAGCUGGAGCAGUUGGGGCAGCCUGGGAGCGCGCGCUUCCAGCCAACCACGUGCGCAUGCGCGAGGGGUGCAGGAGGGACCCGCUGCGGGAGCACCAAGAUAAUGUGGAAGCAUCUGCAUCCCAGAGACCAGACAUGAAUGUCAAUCCUGGUGCCCACAUGUCUGCGUUCCGGGGCCUGCCCUUUCUUCCAGCUGCCCCUGUGCCAACACACCAGCCAUUCUGGGAGCUUCCCUUGGCACCACGGGUGACUGCACCCAUCUCCCAGAGUAACCCUCUGGUGCUGUCCACUUACCCUGGACAACCAUAUGUGCCAGGGCUGUCCACCUUUGGACAACAUGGGCCACAACUGAGGCCAGCAGGGCCUCCUCAUAUUCAGAACAUUGCCCACACUCAGGCACCCCUCAACUUCAGGGCCCCAGGGGCCUUCUGUGGGGGUGUGGAGCAUCCUGCUCCAUUCCUCACGGCACCUUCUGCCCCGAGGACCACUGUGCCUGCCUCAGCCAGUGGGGGGAUCCAGAACUAUGGGAUCCACUGGCACCUGGGCCUUCGCCCUCCAGCACCACAGCCAUUUGCCCAGCUGGCCCCCAUCAUGUUCCCAAUGGAUGCACGCCAGUGGCCAGGUACAGGGUAUGGGGCAGGUGCACCACCCAUCUUCCCAUCUGCGGUGCCACCAGAUGACUCCGGCGGACCUCCCAGCGUCUAUGAGGACUUCAGACGCUGGCAGCGCUUCAAGACCCUGGUCCGCAGGCACCUUCCUCAGACUCCUGAUGUGGAAGCACUUUCCUGCUUCCUUGUCCCAGUGCUUCGGUCUCUGUCCCGACGGGAGCCCACCAUGACCAUGGAAGAGGGCCUGCGGAAGGGUUUGCAGGAAUGGCAGCGCACCAGCAACUUUGACCGGAUGGUCUUCUAUGAGACCUCACAAAAGUUCAUGGAGUUUGAGGCUGCGGAGGAGAUGGAGGAUCCAAGGAUGCAGUUGUCAGGGGUCUUCCAGUGCCGACCUCCUCCUGUACCUCCAAUGCUGCAACUUUCAAAGCCGCCAGUCCUUGAGGCUUUCCAACGGCCAGGGUGCAGAAAGACCAGCCCCAAAUUACAGCCUGCCUGCUCAUUAGCAGCCAAACCGAAGGCACCAGAGACCAAGGUGCCUGAGACCAAGGCACGCAAGACCAAGGCACGCAAGAGCAAGGUGGCCAAGACCAACGGGCCUGAGACCAAGGCGCCCGAGGAGAUCCCACCUGAAGCCAUCCAAGAGUACAUGGACAUCAUGGAUGAGCUAUGUGGGCCUACCAGCUUGGCCACAUGGGAGCCCUCCCACUUGUCCACAGAAGAGCUUGCUGAGAUCUUGGGAGAGGAAGGACUGGAGCAUCAGCCAAUAGAGGAUUUAUACCCAGAUCCAAGUCUCCUGAGCUACGUUGAUGAGGACUUUGUCAACAAGGUGGGCCACGCCUACCAUCUUGGUGUAGUCAAGGCAGAGAGCAUAAUUCACCCCCGCUUCCUGGAAGAAAUACUUUCCUCUGAACCAUCCAUAAAUAUCUUGGCCCUAACAAAAGAGCUGGACCAGGAGGAAGGACUCACGCCUGACCAGGUAGACAGGGAAGGAGGGUCCCCCAGUAAACCAGCUUGUAAAGAAGCAGCUCUUCAGGGGCCUCAAGGUCAUGGUAUGUCCCAACAGGACUCAAGAGCUUCCCAGACACCUGCCAACCAAGGUGCAGAGAAACGGAAACAUCACACUGAUCAAGGGGCCGGCAUGGAGGACUGGUCCACAGAGGUGGCUUCCCAGGUCAUGAAGAGGCGCAGGGCCAUGGAGCCAGAGUUGCUGGGAUCGAAGGACUCUGCUGUCCUCCAAGGCCGUCACUGGUCAUCCUCGUUGGGGAACAUGCACUCCAACCAUCCUCCCCAUAACUGCAGAUCCUCCUCCUUAAACCUGGGGAACAAAGGCGUAGUGGGACCCAGAAAAGCCACUUCUUCUGGGCGGCCACAUAAGACAGCCAAUGGCUGCAGUGUGGACGAUGACCUCCAAAGCCUGGAUUUCCUCCUUAACUCCCAGAACCGCCUGCUGCCCUGGGGACUGUCCCAGAGCCAGGCCCCUCAAAUAGAAACCCUGUGCUCAGGAGACCAACCACUCCAGGCCGCACCUCCCCAGAGGGGGCGCCUCAGCUCCCACCCUCCUCCAGGUGCCAUGACCAUGAAGAGUGUUCUCACUGGACGCUCAUGCAAUGUGGAAAAGAUGCCCUGCACGGGGCCUCCCCUCCAGGUCAUCGGAGGGCAAGGUGUGGACCUGGAGCUAGGUGGAACCUCACAGCCUCAGAAGAGAAAGUGUGUGUCAUCUGGCAACCAGAAGAAGAAGAGGCCCUGA